CCCGCUCCACCGCCGCGUCGGCAAGCCGAGUUCGAGAUGGGAAAAGCUACUGCGUCGCCGCGGAAGCCGCCGCCAGAGAUGCCAAAGGAGCGUAAGGUGCUGGUGCCGCCGCUCUUCGGCUACCCUCCCAUCGCAGCGCGCACCAGGAUGUCGGUGCCGGCAUAUGAAGUAAUGUUUGGAAAGCUCUCACUGCAAAACCUGUUCGAAGACUAUUUCGAUCAAGCUGGGAAUAUGACCUCGAGGAUCAUGCUGAAGGCCCUGGAAGAAGGCCCUCAUGUUGAUCUGAUUGCUAAGGUAUCUUCACAAGCUGAUAAAAAAUGUGGAAGAGCAAAGGCGGAUGCUCUAUUCCACUGGCAAAAAGAAUCAGAUGAUCCCCAUACCUUUGUGGACCUUCUUGUGUCGACUUCAAAUCCUAUGUGGCAGCUGCGGUCUUCUGCGUACUAUCCUGAGUAUGGCAUUGGUGCAUUUGGAACAUUGCCUUUACUAAUGGGAAACAGGGUGCGUUCAGAAGAUUCUGGAGUCAUGGGUUUAAGAUAUGGUUCGGAGAAUCUAUCACUUGGGGCAUCUUUUGUGCCAUUUCCUUUAUCUGGUGAGGUACCAUAUGGAGCAUGGUUGGUUGGGAGAAAAGGGAAUUUAAGUGCAGGAGUUCAAUACAAACCACUUAGUGGAAACAAAAAUCCUAUGCCAUUCACAGAUCCGGAGAACUGGAAUUGUGCAAUCAGCUAUAGUGUCGGGUCAACUAGCCCACUCAGCCCUUUAUCCACUUUUACCCUAGAGCUUGCUAGAAGUACACAGGUUUACCUCUUGGCACAACUAAACCCAGAAAUGACGACUAUAUGCCUCUCAUGGAUAGAACUGAAAAAAGACUCACUUCAAGAAGCACAACAUUUGCAAAAAUUAAUUAGUCGCUGAUGGUGUUGGAUAAAGAAAAUUUUUAUAUUCGACUACUGUUUCCUUCCCUAAGUAUUUUAUAUCUAAC